AUGUCCUCUACACUCGAGGUUCCGAGACAUAUGAGAAGUCCUGGCGACGAUGGGUAUCGAACGCCAACCAUUGAAGAUGCGGAGCGGACCUUCGCAUUUCUCGGCGCCACGGGCAGUCCCAGCGGUAAUGCUCGUAAGGUCCACACUUCCGCAUUGGACGCUAAUCUACAUCAUGUCUCGUCGCGACCACGAGACGGGUCGCUCGAGAAGAAGUACAGUCACUGUAUGGAUUAUGACGGUGCGGCCAUGGCUCGAAGAGUCACCGAUACCUCCGCUUCAACUUUAAGCUGGAAAAAGCGAAUUCGUCAUGUUACGUGGGCAUACUUUACACUCACCAUGGCCACCGGCGGGUUGGCCAAUGUCCUAUAUGAAGUUCCAUAUCGAUUCCGAGGAUUGGAUACGAUCGGCACGGUCGUCUUCUUGAUCAACAUCGUCCUUUAUCUGUUCAUCUGGGGACUACUACUUGCACGAUUCUAUCAUUAUCCCUAUACCUUUAAAGCGUCGUUUUUGCAUCCUACAGAGUCCCUAUUUGUCCCUGCAUCAGUCGUCUCUUUCGGCACAAUACUAAUCAAUAUCUCUCAAUAUGGCCCGGGAAACACUGGUCCAUGGCUGAUGGAGGCUGUUGGGAUCCUGUUCUGGAUCGAUUGUGUUCUUGCCAUCUUAUUUUCAGCUGGAAUCUACCUCCUCUUAUGGUCAACUCAGACUUUCACCAUUGCCCAAAUGACACCAAUCUGGAUUUUCCCUGCGUACCCAAUGCUCAUAAUUGGGCCCCAUGCUGGUAUAUUGAGUGCAAAACUAGAACCUGCCCGUUGCUUACGCAUCAUUAUCGGAGGGACCACCAUUCAAGGAGUAGGGUUUCUGGUGUCCUUGAUGGUGUACUCGGCCUUUAUCUAUCGGCUUAUGACCCAGAAACUCCCCAAAGAAAACAUUCGACCCGGCAUGUUCGUUUCAGUGGGACCCAGUGGCUUCACAGUCGCUGGAAUUGUGAACAUGGCAUCGGAAGCCAAACGCUCCUUUCCCUCAGAUUUCAUGGGCAACGGGGAAUUGGCCGCAGAUGUCUUGAGGGUGGUGGUUGAUUUCGCUGCUCUCUGGCUUUGGGGAUUGGCAAUAUUCUUCUUCAUCAUUGCGAGUGCCGCUCAUUGGUCUGCCAUCGGGCACGGUCGGAUGCUCUUUUCCAUGACUUGGUUUUCAUUUGUCUUCCCGAAUACUGCCUUGAUCACGGCUACCUUCGCCAUCGGCAAGGCCUUUUCCUGCAAGGCUAUCAACAUAAUUGGAUGUGUGGCUGUCUUUCCACUUCUUCUCAUGUAUUUCUUUGUUUGCUAUAUGAUGAUUCGAGCUGUCAUAACGCAUCAAAUUCUAUGGCCCCAAAAGGGUGAGGAUAGGGAUGAAGGAGGGUUUGAGAUUCAUCACAUCCGACCCGACGCGGAAAUUUCGGAGGACAACAUAGCUGUUUGA